AUGGGCGAAGAGGGGAGAAAGAUGAAGGCUGGACUCAACAACGGUGUACCUGAUCAUCAAUUGCCUCCCACCGUCCGAUCAGAAGCCGAGGAUGCCCCUGCUAAUCAAAUUGAUGGUGAACGACCUGGGGAAUCAAAGGAAACCGCAUCUUCUGUAGCGGUGAUGGAGCCUCCAGCAAAGAAGGCGAGACGAAUGCAAGUGCCAUUUUUUAACAGACGCAAGGGACCUACCGCUGCCCUAGAUUCCCUCCUGCUUACCUACACUGACCCUGAGGAUCUUGGUUCCGAUGAUGAUGAUGAUGAUCGUGAAUACUCUAUCAAUCCCAUCCUAGCUUAUGAUAUUGAAGAUGAAUACCUUACGGGGCCUCGCACCUGCAAAGAACAACAAAGAAAAUUUUACCUACUCAAUGAUACUGCCGAUGAUGUCAUGUGUUAUGUGGAUAAGGGAACCACAGCUCUUGGUUUUAUUUAUAAGGGAGGGGUUAUGGUAGCUGUUGAUCAUUCAUCAUUUGCAUCCGAGGGGUUGCCUGAAAAAGUUAUUGAGCUUAGUACUCACUUGCUUGUCACUGUAUCUGGGGGCAUCAAGGACUGUAAAACUUUUCUCAGAGAUCUGCAAGCGCAGUACCGCCUAUAUGCAAAGGGGAGAACAAUUUCUGUUGCUGGAGCAUCAAAUUGGGUGUUGGAUUAUCUGAAAUCCCUUGGUGAGGAGGGCUCUUCAGCUGAAAUACUGAUUGCUGGGUGGGACGAUACUGUCCCUAACUUGUAUUAUGUGGACGUUAAGCGUGGACCGCUUAAAGGAACUGAAUCUGGCAUUGGAUCUGGUUCCUUUCAUGCUAAAUGUGCUCUGUUUGAGAAGAACUAUCGCGACAUGUCCGCUGAUGAAGCUGAAAAGUUAGCCGAUGAAGUAAUGCAAAAGGCGACAUCUGCACUUGGGAUCAACAUUAGGGAUAAUGAAGGUGGUGAAAUUGGUGGUUUCAUCAGUGCAUAUCGCGUACAAGCUGAUGGGUGGCAGAUGGUCUUUCGAAAUAAAAGUCCAGGAGAACCGAAGGAUCGACCGGGUCAUAGGCGUAUAAUAAUGUGA